AUGGACCCCCCGGAUGCCGAGCCUAAUGGCGCUGCCGAAGCGGCAGCGAGCGCGCUCGCGGACGAGCUGCAAAGUCUUGACUCUGCAUCGCAUCACUCUGCUUCCAUUGAGCCCGGUGAGCUCUCCGCAAGACGCGCGUCGAUCUCCUCCACGCCCAGCCUCGACGGGUCGAGCAGAGGCAACGAGGUACCGUGCAUCAACAUUCCAGGCGACCACAAUGUGGAGCACAACCCAUGGGAAGGCCCUGAGGGCACCUCCAGCGCCACGCCUCAGGACGAGGACAAUCCCGCCACCUCGGACGUCAUGAAAUACGGAAUGGAAGGGCUGCUGGAGGCGCUCAAGAAGUACCCGAGCACACAUCCACCUAUAGUAUCGCAGGAUGGCGUUAACGAGGAGCUGUUGAGGCACCGUCUUUUGGAGAGCUGA